AUGAGCAAACAACAACUUUAAAAAGAGAUAGAGCAAGAGUAUCUUGCUGAAUUUACUAAUAAGUCUACAAGAAAUCAUGAUAGACACAGAUUUAUUAAUAAUGAACAUUCUUUCUAAGCUAGAGGUAUCAAGUCACUAUAGUAACCCUCUGUCUACAUACUUAGUAUAAUUAUCGCACUCUGUCUAUACUAACUUGACAGAUCAUAUGAUUUUAGACGUAUCUACAGAGAGUAGUCUUCAAAUCUAGAUGAGCUUAAGAAUACAAUCAAAAGUGAAAAUUAAGGAGAGAGCGAUAGCCCAGCUCUCACAAUGUUUACUCUCUCAGUAUUGAUAUUAUCCUCAAUUUUAGCAUUCAAAAGAGUCUCUUAAAAGAAUCAAGCAGACCCAGAAGAAAUUAGAGCAAGAGAACAAAGAAUGCAUGAAAGAGAAAUUAUUAGACGCUAAUAAUUAAUGGGAGAGCCAGCUAAUGCUUGUGAAAAGAUUACUGAGGAGGAGUUCGAUUAUUAGGCAAAUGCCACUACAAAGAGAGAAAUCCAAAAACUCGUCAAUUCUCAAUCUUACAAGGAAGCAUAGGCCAGAAAAGGUCUUAAUCAAUCAGCUUGGAAUUGGUAAGCUUAUGAAAGGGAUCAAGGCAUAAUCCCUGAUGGUGAGGAAAGAGAAAUUGAAGGAUUUGACUUAGUAGGAGAAAUGGACAGGAUAGAUGUUCAAGUUGGACUUACUAGGCCAAGGCCGAAUCUUCAAUACAGAAUAUCAAGACAUAACAUUUCUGAGGAGAUUCCAUACCAGAAAUCCUUAACAUCGCAAUCAAAGGGGCGCAAAAGCAACGAUCCUCUUAGCAGCCCUACCGCCAAAAACAGAAUCAAUCAAGCAACCCCAUCAACUCACAGUUCAAUUAAAUAGUUCACUAUCAGAGCUUAGAGAACUAGUGAGGCUAAAUGA